GGCGCCAGGAGCCAUGGAGUUGCGGCUGGGGGGCUGCACGGCAGCGGUGGCUGCGGUCCUGCUCCUUGCGCUGCUGGGCGCCCAGGGCCAGGGCGGCACACCCAGUCCAAAGUGUGACUGUGCCUCCAACUUCCAGAAGAGGAGCGGUCUGUUCUGUUGCAAGGGCUGUCCAGCCGGGCACUACCUGAAGGCCCCCUGCCCAAAGCCUUGCGGUGCCUCUACCUGCCUCCCGUGCCCCCGCGGCACUUUCCUGGCCCGGGAGAACCACCAUGAGACCCGCUGUACCCGCUGCCAGGCCUGUGAUGAAGAGGUUUCCCAGGUGGCCCUGACGAACUGUUCAGCAGUGGCAGAUGCCCACUGUGGCUGUGACCCGGGCUGGUUCCCCGAGUGCUUGGUCAAGUCCUGCAGGGACGGCUCCCCCUUCCGCUGCCACCCGUGCUCAGACUGCAGGGCCCUGCACCGCCACACACGGGUGCCCUGUUCCGUCAGAGACACCGACUGUGGGACCUGCCUGCCUGGCUUCUAUGAAUAUGGCAACAGCUGUGUGUCCUGCCCCACGUAA